AUGUCACUAAUUUUACCAAUACCAGUAAAUACAUUACUAAUAACAGAAAAUGAUUUAGGUAGAGGUUUUAGUAUUGAUGAUAAUGGAAAUGCAAAAAAAAGUGAAGUGUUCAUUUGUGAAAAAGAAUACAUUAAAUCAUCUUUUCCCAAAACAGACUCAAAUAAUCUAACAUUAAUUAGAGAUAGUGAAUCUUUAAAAUCAGCAUUAGAUGUAGGAGGUGAAAUUAGUUUAUCAUAUGGUCUCAUUUCAGGUAAAGUUAUGGGUAACUAUAUCGAUACAAAUACUUCAAGUAAUGAAAGAAUGACAUUUUUAUAUACAAGAAGAAUUGUUGAUAAAAUUGUUGAACUUGAUUACCAUGCAAAACCAUCUCAAGAUAUUUCAAAAGUAGAUAACAUUGAUUCACUUAAAUCAACAUAUGGUUUAUUUUAUAUUAGUAAAAUUGAAUAUGGUGCAAUUUUAGAUUUAAGAAUUACAUUAGAAUCUUCUGAUAAAGGAACAAUGAAUAAAAUUAAAGGUGAAUUAAGUGGAAGUAUUUCAAUUGGUGCAUUAUCAUUAUCAGUUAAAGCUCAUAUUGAUAAAGAGGAAAGUUCAUCAUCAUCGAAAUUAAAAGUAACAUCAUCAGUAUUAAUGGGUGGUUGUAAACCAAUUGAUAAAACUGAUGUUAAAAAUUUUGAUGAUGCAAUGAAAGUUAUUGAUUCAUUUAAAGUUGAUCAAGAUAGAUUGAUACCGGUAAGAAUGGAAAUAUCACCAAUACCAACAAGAGCAACAUUACUUCUCUCAAUUGAUCCACUAUCUUUAAAUCAUUAUAAGAGUAAAGUUUCAUCAAUUGGUUCAUUCUAUUGGGACCUUCAACAAAUGAUAAUUAUAUUAGAUGCUUUUAAAAAUAAUAUAUUAUCACCUUUAUUAGCAGAUGAUGAAAAAGCAAUUUAUAUAAAAACUUUAUAUUCAAAUAUUAGUAAUCUUAAUUCAUCAUUAAAAGAUAAAUUAGAAUCUCUUAUUAAGUUUCUUCAAAAAAGAAUUGAAUAUAUUUUAGUUUCAGAACCACCAUUUUCAGAUUCAGAUAUUUCUGAAAUUAGAUUAAAUGCACAACAAAUGAUUGGAACUACUCAAACAGAAACUGAUAAAGGUAGAUGGGCAGGUCCUACCAUUAAUAAAAUUCCAACAUAUAAAGGUACAUAUAAAUACAAAUAUGAUGAUUCAAAAUAUGAUGGACUUUGUUUAGAUGGUAAACGUCAUGGUGAAGGUAUAUUAACAUAUGCUGAAGGUAAUAUUGAUCAAAUAAAAUCAAUAGAUGGUAUAUGGGAUAAUGAUGAAGUUAGUUUCCCUUCAAUAAUAACAUAUGAAGGAGGUGAAAUUGAAAAAAUAAAUAAUAAAGGUAGUUCAAUAAUUUGGAGAGAACGAUUAAAAAAAAAAAAAAUUUCAAAUUCUAUUUUACACUAUUCAAAUAUCUCAACACCUGAACAUAUUUUAAAAUAUUUUGUAAAUGUAGAUUUAAUAAAUAAUACAGAUUUCUUAGAUUUUUAUAAAGAUUCUGUCUUGUCACUAGGUGAUCGUAAGAGUUACAAUUUUAUGUUUUUAGGUAUGCAAGGUAUUGGAAAAACUACAAUCAUUGAAUUAUUGCUAAACAUUUUAACAGGUCAAUUUUAUGAUGGUCCAAAACAAUUAUGUGAAGAAACAAAUGGAAUUUUAAAUAAAACAAAAACAGUUUGUAGCUAUGAAAUUAUUUAUUGCUCUAACAAUACAAGAAUUUUUACAAUCACAUUAGUUGAUACACCCGGUUUCAUAGGUUCAGAUGAUUCAAUAGAAGAUUGCAAACUUUUGAAAUAUAUUAUAUCAAAAGUUGGUAAACUUGAAGCAAUUGAUAACGUCUCUUAUGUUAUUAAUAAUACAUUAACAAGAAAAACACAUGAACCAUUAAGAGUUUUACAUAAUAUAUUUUCAAUUCUUCCAAAAGAAGCAUUUGAAUGUUUAUCAACAAUCAUUACAUUUUGUGAUGAUUCCAAUCAAGAAAUCGCUUCUUUAAAUAUUUUAAAUGAAAUUUUAGCUGGAAUUAAAUAUAAACCUUCCUUUUUUAUCGAUAACCAAUGGUCUCAAGACCAACAAGAUAAAUUUAAAGAGCUUCAAAACUUGAACAAAACAAAAAUUAGUAUUAUUCAAAAAUUUUUCAUUCAAAGAAUUCAAUCGAAAUCAACUUUUGAUCAAAAAAAGGAAAUGCAAGCACAACAAUUAAUUGAAUCAAAAAUUACUAAAACUGAAAUAGGCACAUGGGUCGGUCUAACAUUCAAUAAAAUACCAACAUAUUUUGGAACCUAUAAAUACUUUGAUGGUUCAGAAUAUGAAGGAUUUUGUUUAGAUGGUAAACGUCAUGGUGAAGGUAAAUUUAAUUAUUGUGAUAGUAAUGUUAAUCAAUUAAAAUCUGCUGAUGGUAUGUGGAAGAAUGAUGAUGUUUAUUUCCCUUCAAUUGUAACAUAUAAAGGAGGUAAAAUUGAAAAUAUCAUUGAUGAAUCAAGUUUAAAAAAUUGGAAUGAAAGUUUAAUUAAAAAAAAAACAACAGAUAUCAAUUAUGAUCAUGUACUUAAAAGAUUAAUAGAUCUUGAAUCCAUUGUAAAUUCUAUAGAUACAUUAACAACUGAUAUAAGAUUUGUUGGAAAUGAUUUUUUUGGUUGUUUAAAACGUGUAGAAAUUGAACGUCAAAUUGAUCAAUUAAAAACAAAAUUUGAAAAUCAAGUUUCAGAAUUGGAGGAAGUUAUGAAAGAAUUCCCAGAUAUUUCAGUUUUAGAUAAUAUUCUUAAUUCAAAAAGAAGUGAAUACAAACUACAAAUCGAAAAUUCUCAGAAAGAUAAAAACAGUGGAAGAGCUUCUUACUUUCAAAAGAUUUUAGACAAAAUCCAAAAAUAA